GUGCAGUCUGAGAGGGAAAAGUCAUAAGAACCCAUGUACCAGGGGCUGGCUCAUCGGUACAGGAUGGCAGGAGUGGACAAGGCACGGUACCAGUGGGUAGACAGGGAUUGCUGUGCAGCAUACAGAGUGCCAGACCCUGAAAAAUCAGAACACCUGAACUGGGAUGCUUGGCAGACAGGGGAUACCGUUAUUCUGGAGGAAACAUCUGGUGUUCUCCAAAACACAUGUGCGUCAAGGUCCCAAAUCGACGAGAACAUAGUGAUCAAACUUGGUCUGUUUCAUUGUCUGAGGCGCUUACUUCGCGAAUGUGUAUCAGAGCAUCACGCCCUGUACAGCUCCUUCGCCAAGUUCUUGUCUGCCGCUUUCUGUGUAGUAGAUCAGGAGGACAUGCAGAAGCUAAAGAAUGCCUAUGCAUUUUGUGGGAUUCAGCCUGCCAACCCCACCAAGCAACACAUUCGGGAACACUGCAGAACAAAGAUCCCUCAGCCGCACGAACUUCUCAAGAAGGUUGAAGGUGUUAUGAAGCUCUUCCAUUUGGCAUCCGAUCCAAAUGGUGUUCCCCUGUACAAACCCUCUAUGCUGAAAACAUGGCGCAUUCAACGUGUUCACAUCCUGAGAGGCUGUAUCAGUGAUACUGAGGUGUCUGGUGAGAUCCUGGUGAGGGGGCUAAAGUUGAUGUGGAUUUCAAUAAGAGGAACAUCUCAGCAGGAGGGCUACCACUUUCACCAGGCUCAGUGGGUCACUGGCACACGUGUUUCCUCUGAAUUGUUUCAAGCCCAGAGCAUGACCGGAGUGGCACGCUGGAACUUUCAGCGUCUGGUGGAUCUGAAAAUACCAGGUGUUCGGCUUCCGGGAGUGUUUGAUCCGUUGCUAAUUGGCGAUCUUAAUACUGCUUCAGCAAGGGUGUUAGGAACGGCAAAAUAUCCCAUCCUUCAGGUUUGCACCAAAGACACUGGAGAGAGGUUUGGGCUGGAGUAUGUGGAACCUGGAUGUCGCCCUGUUGUGCUGGACUGGGAAAAGCACAAGAGCAAGACCACUCAAGCUUUCAGUCCAGCUGAUCAAGGAAGCACGCCCACUGCCCAGUCUGCAGACCAUCCUGAAUUUGCUCCCUUGCGUUCUUCAUUGGAUAGUGCCCAUUUGGAACUACAGUCAGAACCAGAAUCCACCCGUACGCUGCCUGUGCCGUCACUGUCCUCAUCUCAUGGUGCCCAUGCAGAACCUGGGUCAAAGCCAGAAACCACAUACACACCACCCCUGCCCAUGCUGGCCUCACCUUCUAGUACCCGCACUGGACCGGUGAAGACUGGUGGAAGGGUGUUUGUGCUGGACCACAAACGUUGGACAGCGGCAAUUGAGGAGGCCAUUGACAGCUUGUUGAAUCAGGAGUAUGCAGCAAUGGUCCACAGUUCCCGUACUGUCCCCAACAGCAUGCUUCAUCCAACCACAAGACGGCACAUAGCACAGUAUGUCAAGCACUUGGCCAAACUGCUGAAUACCAGUACUUCAUUAAACACAAGUCCAGAAACACUGCAGGAACGACAGCAACUCUGGCACUCGUUGCAGUUGUACAUCCACCCUGCAGUUGUACAUCCACCAGCACCUGCUCAAACCACACCCUUGACUCCUGAGAGCUUGGAGAAAAUUGUUGAGGGCAUCAUGGAGUGGAAACAGCAGCAGCAACAGCCAGAGCAGAGAAAGCAGACAAAGACGUGUCUUGCCUGUGGACAGUCAAAGUCUCGCUAUGAGAACGAUGGCUCCUCUGUCCACUUUUUUUUAUCAACAAGGCCCUGUCAGAUAUUUCUACUGCUCUACAAAGGUCUUCAAAGCUUAAAGUGGUGA